CAACUUUGACUGGGUCAACUUGGUUCUUCCGCAAAUCACAUGUUUUUCGACGCGACGUUUUAAACCUGUCUCUCCAAUUUCCUCUCUCAUUUCUCAGACAGCUCAAAAAUGGCAGAUUCUCUCAGCAACGCUCAUCGCCACUCUCUCGUCCCAAGCUUCUUGUACUCUUCUUCUUCUUCUUCAAUGCGGACGAGAACUGAUGCAUCGCCACCCUCGGUUUCAUCAUCGUCGGCAGUGGCCUUGUUGUCGAAAAGGGUGGUGGUUCCAGCGCCUAAAGAGAAGUUGGAGAUGUACUCGCCGGCGUUCUACGCGGCGUGCGGAGUAGCAGGGAUGUUGAGCACCGGAUCCACUCACACGGCUGUCACGCCUAUCGAUGUCAUCAAGUGUAAUAUGCAGAUUGACCCAAUCAAGUACAAGAGCAUCACAUCCGGAUUCAAAGUUAUGCUCAAGGAGCAGGGCAUAAGAGGUUUCUUCAAAGGUUGGGCACCAACUUUUGUUGGUUACAGUGCUCAGGGAGCCGGCAAGUUCGGAUUCUACGAGUUCUUCAAGAAGUACUACUCAGACAUUGCUGGCCCCGAGUAUGCAGUCAAGUACAAAACAUUGAUCUACCUUGCAGGUUCUGCAUCAGCUGAAGUCAUUGCCGAUGUUGCCCUCUGUCCUAUGGAAGCCGUCAAAGUUCGUGUCCAAACUCAACCCGGUUUUGCCAGAGGCUUGGCUGAUGGCCUUCCCAAGAUCAUCAAAUCCGAAGGCGCUCUCGGGUUGUAUAAAGGGAUGGUUCCGCUUUGGGGACGUCAGGUUCCUUAUACUAUGAUGAAAUUCGCAUCUUUCGAGACUACUAUCGAGCUCAUGUACAAGCAUGUAAUCUCAACACCCAAAGAGCAAUGCAGCACACCCUUGCAGCUUGGUGUGAGCUUUGCUAGUGGGUAUAUUGCUGGUGUGUUCUGUGCUGUUGUCUCACACCCAGCUGACAACUUGGUCUCCUUCCUCAACAAUGCAAGGGGAGCAACCGUUAGCGAUGCUGUGAAGAAUCUGGGACUAUUAGGUCUUUUCACCCGAGGCCUUCCUCUGCGUAUCGUCAUGGUCGGAACCCUAACCGGAGGUCAAUGGGUUCUCUAUGAUGCUUUCAAAGUUCUUGUAGGGCUGCCGACUACUGGUGGUCCCGCCACCGCCGCCGAGGUUGCCAAGGCUUGAAUCCAUACCGGAUAGCUGACAACCCUGUUUCUUAGCUCUGGGAAGUAUUUCAAAGUGAUGAGUUGAUUCAGUUUAGGGGUCAUUGAUCCUGCAUUACUGUUUUCUACACGACCGUAUUCUAUACGGUAAUUUUGUAUGUAUAAUUCACGUUAUACUGCUCGAUUUGAUAAAAAGGGAGAUUUCGGGGGGUCAAUUUCCCCAUGGAUGAACAUGUAACAUAGAAAUAAAAUGUUACCUUGAAUUGAGGCAACAUCCUGGUAUUCAAUAACUGUUUAAUCGUC